ACCAGGCCUUGAAUGCAUCGUAAUCCUUCGGCUCUAGUAUUGUUCUACACUCCGGCCCAGCAGGUGGCGGUAAUGCAGAUUAAGUUUGCUUGCAAACCGCCAAUAAACACAAGAAGGAGAAUGCAUCGUAAGUUUAGUUCUUAGCUCAGUAAACAUAAUUGUUAAUUUUGGUAAAGCCUGUAAUUACGACAACAAUCCGCUACGAUACAGUGAAACUCGGCUCAUAACUUUUCACGAUGUUUGGUCGCAGCAGCAAUGGACGGAAGACAUGACCCACCUUGCAACAGAGCAGGCCGCAUGACUUUAUCAAAACAGCUCAGGUCCACUGCGAGGAGCAGGUGAACUCGAUCUCCAUGACCCUUUAAAGGGUAUGAUGGCUGGCAGAGGGUUGAUGCCUGCAGAUAUGUGGCUGUAGGAGUGCUGCCCUGCCUGGCACCAUGCAGCAGAAGGGUACAAUCCAAAUUAUCGAAUGGGAGGACCUGGACAAGAGGAAGUUUUACUCCCUGGGAGUGUUCAUGACCUUAACCACAAGGGCCACCGUUUACCCGGCCAGCCUCAUUCGUACUCGGCUCCAGGUACAGAAGGGGAAGACCCUAUACUCCGGCACCUUUGAUGCCCUCUUCAAGAUCCUGCGAGCGGAAGGAGUGUGGGGUCUCUACCGCGGAUUCAUGAUCAAUACAUUCACCCUGGUGUCAGGACAGGCUUAUAUCACCACCUACGAAUUGGUGCGCAAGUACGUCUCCCACUACUCUCCCAGUAACACGGUGAAGUCUGUGGUGGCGGGAGGAGCAGCAUCCCUUGUGGCCCAGACCAUCACAGUGCCCAUAGACGUGGUGUCCCAGCACCUGAUGAUGCAAGGACAGGGGGAGCACCUGAGCCGCUUCAAGCCCAAACCCAAAAUGAUGCUUGCAGCAUCUAAGCGCAAACCUACUUUCGGGCAAACCCGUGAUAUUACAGUGCAGAUAUUUGCAGCUGAUGGAUUCAGGGGAUUUUACCGGGGCUAUGUGGCGUCGCUGCUCACGUACAUCCCUAACAGUGCACUGUGGUGGCCUUUUUAUCAUUUUUAUGCAGAGCAGCUGUCCUUGUUGGCACCAAGUCAGUGCCCCCACCUGCUCCUACAGGCUGUGGCUGGGCCAAUGGCAGCAGCAACCGCCUCCACCAUCACCAACCCCAUGGAUGUUGUUCGAGCGAGAGUACAGGUGGAGGGACAAUCAUCUGUUAUCGAGACGUUCAAGCAACUGCUGGCAGAGGAGGGCGUCCAGGGGUUGACCAAGGGGCUGUCAGCCCGCGUCAUUUCCUCCUUGCCGACAUCGUUGCUCAUCGUGGUGGGAUAUGAGACUCUGAAGAGGCUGAGCCUGCGAGCUGAGCUCGUGGAGUCCAGACAUUGGUGAAAGGCCACAGGGAGCAAGGACGAGCGGAUCAACCGAGAUAAUAACCUGGACUCCAGUUUCAGGGUAACUGCUCUGCUGUUAAGACUGCUGCCACAAGCAUUUCACACUGUUGUCUCAAUGCACGUAUGAUUACGCAGCAUAGUGAAUGUGAUGUUUGUCUUAAAUACGCUUUAGAGUUCAAUUAUUUUUACAAACCUGAUUAUUUUUGCUAAAUUGUUACUCUGAAAUGGGAUGAUAUGAGAAAUCAAUGUACCACAUUUUGCCAAAACAAAGAGCACCACAAAAAAAUUCUUGAAUUUCUCUAUAGAGCAGAUUUUACCUUAGUUACUUCUUUAAGGACAGUAGAGUUGAUAAAUCAGAUCUUGUUGUCGCUGCUCCCGUAAUGUAAAUUUUACCAACACAUGACUCUCCCAGUUGUUUUUAAUGAAGGUCAUGAACAGUUUUGACCAUACUUACCAUCUGGGAUCAGUUUCUAAAAUGGAGUUACAGGCAGUAAAUCACAGUAUGUGUUUUAAAACUGAAAUCUGCAGUGAGGUUAGUUUGAAUUUUCACCGUGUCAAAAUCUGGAGAAACAAAAACCUAAUGACACACAAUAACUAGCAGGAAAUAUGUGUGUGCAUUCCAGUGUGCUGAGGAACAUGUGCAAGGAAUCUCAUCUUUGUUUUGGCCUAAACAACAAGAUU